UCGCGUCUCUUUAUUCCCUCCUCUAGCAGUCUCUUUGCCGCAGUUUGCCAGAGGAGAGCGGCGGCGGCCCCGUGAUGUCAGUUAGUAUCAUGUUCGCGACAACAUCACCGCCACGAUGGGGGAUAUAAACAGGUCGAGAAAUGGUGUCCAGGGAAAAAUUUUUUCGGAUCAGAUUUCAUGAUUCAGAUGAUCUCUGCUGAUUGAUUCGAAACAAUCUCUUAAAAACGCAUCCUCGCAUUUAUUUUUUAAAAAAGUGAUUUCAUAUCGCAAAGAAAUUUUAAAAAAUAUCUACAAAAAAAAGCUUCUUUCAAGAACAACAAAAUCAAUACCUACCAGCCAAAAUGACCGACUACACCAACUACGGCGCUAGAUGCGGAACCGCCUGCGGAACCGUCUGCGACACCGAUAAUACCUAUACUGGAACCACCUACGACACCGGCACCACGGCGGCAGCCACGUACGAUACUACCGCCGCGGGAGCAGGAGCCACGACCUAUGACCCGACCACGGGUGCAUACGACCAGCAUAUCGACUACGACACCGACGGCAGCCGUCGCCAUCAUCGAGAAAGGAUGGAUGAUAGCGGACGAUACCUCCAUCGAGACGUCGAUACGCGACUCGACGGCUCCCAGCGCGUUCAUAAGGAAUACAGCAAUCCGAAUACGGGUACUGCCUACCACCGUGACUACGAGCGCUAGAUGAGAAACGGAGGGGGAGGAUCAUUCAGGAUCUAGAUGGGCGGAUUGGAAUGAUAGGCUUUUCGUGAUGGAUUUUCUGGU